GGAAGAAGUGGAGGGAAGGGGUAAAAUGGGUUGAGGUUGGUAUUGAAGUAUGGCAUACUUAGUCAGCCAUACUUAGUUAUUAGUAUUAGGGGUCAAUUUGUAAUUAAUACAAAGUUAGAGUAUCUCAUUAUUAUUCUAGGAAUUUAGGUUAUUUAUUCGGUUAGUGGAGUAUAUACAACCUGUACAUUAUCAUUUUCUGUUAAGGCAAUGCAACAGUGAAAAUUUUCAAACUACUUCUCUGUGUAGCUCUUCUUCUGUGUUUCCAUGGCUGAUUUUAACAUGGUAUCAGAGUCAUGAGAGAGCAAAAUUGCAGGAGCUUCAUUUGAUUUCACUCGCACAGCUAGGCAAUUUGUAAGUAUCUCUUGAUCAAUCUCAGCACUAUUUUUUUUGAGCUUCUUCAAUCGAUCUCCAAUGGCGGAAGAGAAGAGAAGAUCACACUCAUCCCUUGUAUUUGCAGCCUUCUGACACACCUGGUUUGGUAUUGAUUCCUAUUCGACUCAUUGAUUCUGAAAACUACAGCCUGUGGAGUAGAUUGAUACGACUCGCACUGACAGGUAAACGCAGGUUAGGGUUUGUAACAGGAACUUUAAUAAGGCAUCGUUUAAAGAGGCACUCCAUGAGGAGUGGGAAACAUGCAAUGCGAUUGUUCAUUCCUGGAUUAUGAACUUAGUUUUGAAAGAAUUAAUCAGUAGAAUCAUUUAUGCAUCUGAUGCUCGUGUCGUGUGGGAAGAUCUUAUGGAGCGCUUGCUAAGGUAAAUCGAGUGAGAAUCUUUCAAUUAUAUCUUGAAAUCUCAAAAUUUUCACAAGGAGGUGAUAUUGUGGCCGUGUAUUUUACCAAAUUGAAAGAACUAUGGGUAGAGCAUGAUGGUUUGGUUCCAUUUCCUAACUGUGGUUGUUCUAAGUCAAAGGAACAUGUUGUGCAUCUUCAGCAACAGAGGAUGAUGCAAUUUUUGAAUGGGCUUAGUGACACUUAUGAUCAGGCACGGAGGCAGAUCCUUAUGAAGACAACUGAGCCAACACUUAAUCAAGCCUAUGCUAUAAUAAUACAGGAUAGAAGUCAAUGGGCCAUCAAUAACAACACUGGGAUGAACAAGGUAGAUCCUUUGGCAUUACAGGUUGGAAGAGGUCAACCAUAUCGUUGGAAGAAGCAGCCUUUGCAAUGUGAGCAUUGUCACAUGAGAGGACACGCUAAGGAGAAUUGUUACAAGCUAAUUGGUCAUCUAGAUGACUACAAGAACAAAAUAGGUGGAUAUCAGCCAAGAAAUGGUCAGGGAAGAGGCAUUAUCACAGCAUCUAACAAUGAUGCAGGAUCUACUAAUAUGAACACACCAGUAACCUCAUACACCAGGAGUGGAGACUACUUCUUUACUGAAGUACAGUACCAGCAAAUUCUGAAUUUGCUCAGUAAAAAUGAACCUAGACACAGACUCAGGCAUAUAUGGGUGAAGGAGAUUGGUAGAGAGAAUGAUGGCUUGUAUCUGCUGAAAGGAAAAAGGUGCCAAACAGCUGGUGGCUCAGGCUAAUGCAGCAGGAAAAACAAGUGCAGAAUCUAGUAGUUUGUGGCAUAAAUGACUAGGGCACCGUUCUAUUCUAGUGAUGCAGCAUAUUUCCUUCUUGCACCAUAGAGUAGAUAAUGCAGCUCAUAAUAAAUGUAUUAUUUGACCUCAGGCAAAUAGACUAGACUAAGCUUUCCUAAUAGUGAGAGUAGAAGUACUAAGCCUUUUAAGUUAGUGCAUAUGGAUGUAUGGGGACCAUAUAGGACUACUACUCAUGAUAAUAAAUACUAUUUUCUCA